GGCGCGAACACACCGACGAUCGGGGUCAUGGAGGAUACAGCAAUUUCAAUAUAGAAACAAGAGCAUCAUAGGCUUGGGGGCAUGAUUUUUAAUUUUGAAAUUAGACAGACCAAGGUAUCUCACAAUUAACUUCUACGCCCAAUUAAAAACCCAAAUUACCUACCUACCCACAAUGGACGGUCUACACACCGAUGCGAAUAUAAAGCUGGACAUACUGGGACAACAGCCAUUCUUCCAGCAUCUAUACACCCAAAUAACGCUCGGUUUUCCAUUGAGCGACGGGACCGACAUUCAGCACGUCAUUGAUCGACUCCAAACAGGCAUCAAACACACAGCAGAUGCAUUCCCAUGGAUAGCAGGCCAGGUCGUCAACCACGGCGCCAGUGCAGGCAAUAGCGGAACGUUUAGCAUCUGUCGCUUGACAGGGGCUCCUAUCUUCACUACCAAUGACUUGCGCGACGACAACUCAUCACCAAGCUUCGAGGCAUUGAAAAGUGCAGGAUUUCCCAUGGAAAUGCUCGACCAAAGUGUGGUAUCCCGGCGUAAAACCUUUGCGACUGACGACGGUCCCCGGGAGGUACUGUCUGUGCACGCUGUAUUUGUCAAAGGCGGUUUGUUGCUCACCUUUGCAGCUUCGCAUGCCACAAUGGACGCUUCAGGGCAGGGACAGGUGAUUGCCAUGAUUGCCAAAGCUUGUCGUGGUGACACCUUUUCUAGCGAGGAGAUACGAAUCGGUAACAUGGCACGCGACAACCUAGUACCACUGUUGGACGAUGACUACACGCCAGGUCCCGAAGUAAGCAGCAGCCAGAUAUCCAAAGAAAAAAGUGAAGCGGUGACAGCAGAGGGCGUUACAAAUACAGCCCCUCCCCCUCCGCCGAGUGGCAGAUGGGCCUAUUUCACCUUCAGCCCCAGUUCACUGGCCGAGCUCAAGGAUAACGCAACAAGCACGCUGCCCAAGGACUCGACGGUGCCAUUCUUGUCGACAGACGACGCCAUCACGGCCUUCAUCUGGCAAUCCAUCACGCGUGCACGGCUGCCACGUCUCGCAGAUCCGUCCGAAAAAGUCAAGCUGACCCGAGCCGUCGAUGUGCGCAAAUACUUCCAUGUCCCAGCCACCUACCCUGGCCUCUUGCAAGUCCUCAACUUCCACUCCCACGAGCCCCAAGAGCUCGUCCAGCCGUCUUCACUCGGAGUCGUCGCGGGAGAGAUGCGUUCUGCCCUUUUCACGGCCGACAAGACGGGCCAAGAGUGGGGCUUGGUGGGCCGCACGCGCGCGCUCGCAACUGUUCUGUCCCGUUCUGCCGACAAGUCGGGUAUCUCGCUCACCGCGACGGUUGAUCCAUCGAAGGACGUAAUGCUGAGUUCCUGGAUGCUGCUCAAGAGCUUAUUUGAGGGAGCCGACUUUGGUCCAGGCGUUGGAAGCCCAAUCACGAUUAGGAGGCCUGGGUUCGAUUUCGUCGAGGGCCUGAUUUACCUGCUCCCCGAGGCGCCGGAGGGAGGGAUCGCGCUUGCAAUCAGUCUAAGAGAUGAGGACUUUGAAAGGUUGAGGAAGGAUCAGGGUUUCAUGAAGCACGCGACAUAUUUGGGUUAGAUCGAGACGCAACCCGCAUCUUUAAUGAAUACGACGAGGAUGACGACCAACUCAGUCAUCUGUCCCUUUUUUCUUGACUCUGUCCCAAAUGAAUUCCGAUCCUGGAAACUCCAUGCGCUCCCCCAUGAGCCUUUCAACCCGGACAAUUACCUAGAGCCACCGCGUGAAAGCUCUUCCGGAACCAG